GCGCCCCGCGCAGCCGCGGAGCCCCGCCGGGACGCCGGAAGCCCAGGCUCCAGCACUUCCGGGAGGGGGCGGUGCCCGCGAAGCUGAUUGGUGGUGGCGUCCCACGCGCCGUCGCGCUUCCUGCCGUGCGUGCGCGCUGUCCCCGGAGCGUCGCGGCAUGGCGGACCCGGAGGCGUUGGGCUUCGAGCACAUGGGUCUCGACCCCCGGCUCCUGCAGGCCGUCGCCGACCUGGGCUGGUCACGACCCACGCUGAUCCAGGAGAAGGCCAUCCCGCUGGCGCUGGAGGGGAAGGACCUGCUGGCUCGGGCCCGCACGGGCUCGGGGAAGACGGCCGCCUAUGCCAUUCCCGUGCUGCAGCUGCUGCUCCACAGGAAGGCGACAGGCCCUGCAGUAGAGCAGGCUGUGAGAGGUCUCGUCCUGGUGCCCACCAAGGAGCUGGCUCGGCAGGCCCGGUCCAUGAUCCAGCAGCUGGCUGCCUACUGCGCUCGAGACAUCCGGGUGGCUAACGUCUCUGCUACCGAAGACUCAGCCUCUGAGCGAGCUGUGCUGAUGGAGAAGCCCGACAUAGUCGUGGGGACCCCAUCGCGCGUCUUGAACCACUUGCAGCAGAACAGUUUGGUCCUGCGAGACUCCCUGGAGCUGCUGGUGCUGGAUGAGGCUGACCUUCUUUUCUCCUUUGGUUUCGAGGAAGAACUCAAAAGUCUGCUCUGUCACCUGCCCCGGAUUUAUCAGGCUUUUUUGAUGUCGGCUACCUUUAACGAGGACGUCCAAGCACUCAAGGAGCUGGUACUCCAUAAUCCAGUGACUCUCAAGCUGCAGGAGUCCCAGCUGCCGGGGCCAGACCAGCUGCGGCAGUUCCAGGUAGUCUGUCAGACACAGGAAGAUAAGUUCUUGCUGCUCUAUGCCCUGCUCAAGCUGUCAUUGAUCCGCGGCAAGUCCUUGCUCUUUGUCAACACUCUGGAGAGGAGUUACCGGCUGCGCCUGUUCCUGGAGCAGUUCAGCAUCCCCACCUGCGUGCUCAAUGGAGAGCUCCCGCUGUGCUCCAGGUGCCACAUCAUUUCACAGUUCAACCAGGGCUUUUACGAUUGCGUCAUAGCGACCGACGCCGAAGUCCUGGGGGCCCCGGUCAAGGGCAAGCGUCGGGGCCGAGGAUCCAAGGGGGACAGGGCUUCUGAUCCGGAGGCAGGCGUGGCCCGGGGCAUAGACUUCCACCACGUGUCUGCUGUGCUCAACUUUGACCUGCCCCCCACCCCUGAGGCCUACAUCCAUCGAGCUGGCAGGACGGCACGCGCCAACAACCCGGGCAUGGUUUUGACCUUCGUGCUGCCCACUGAGCAGCCCCACCUGGGCACGAUCGAGGAGCUGCUCAGCGGAGAGAAUGGGGCCCCCGUCCUGCUUCCCUAUCAGUUCCGCAUGGAGGAGAUCGAGGGCUUCCGCUACCGCUGCCGGGAUGCCAUGCGCUCAGUGACCAAACAGGCCAUUCGAGAGGCGAGGCUGAAGGAGAUCAAGGAGGAGCUUCUGCACUCAGAGAGGCUCAGGACGUACUUUGAAGACAACCCCCGGGACCUCCAGCUGCUGCGGCACGACCUGCCCUUGCACCCUGCCGUGGUGAAGCCUCACCUGGGCCACGUCCCUGACUACCUGGUUCCCCCUGCUCUGCGCGGCCUCGUCCACCCUCACAAGAAGCGGAAGAAGCUGGCCUCCAAGAAGGUCAAGAAGGCCAAGACCCAGAAUCCCCUGCGCAGCUUCAGGCACAGAAAAGAGAGAAGUGGACCCACAGCCGUGCCUUCCUGAGGUCGUCUGCACAGCCUCGCUGGCUCCCUGGGCCCCUUCCCAGGCUGAGCGUCGAGCAGGGUGCGGGCGCCAGCUUCCCACCCUGGCUGGACUGGAUUCCGGAGCAGGCCCGCGGUGCUGCCCUGCUCGCCUAAUAGACUCCAGCUGUCCUGACCCGGGCUUCCUGCAAGUAGGAAGGGAUACCCGUCCCUGGGAACCUUGGGAAUUAAACCGCUUCCCGGACGCUUUCUGCCUGGUGUGUGUGGCGG